CUAUGGGGCAAUGCAUAUACGAAAUGCCAUUUUGCACCAAAAAUAAAACUAUUUUUACACACUUUUUACCAUUUAUUACCAUUUCAUUCAUUCAUUCGCUCAACUUUUUCGCUGCCUUAAGACUAGAGUUUUAAAAAUAAUUGUUUAAAACACAUAUACUUUGAGGGAUCAAUGAAUCGAUGGUUAUAUCAUAUAACUUAUAGCACUUAAUGUACUCUAUACAUGUAUGUCUGUAUAAUUAAUGAUUGGAUUCAUUUCGUGACAUUGGAUUCACACGACUAUUAAAUGUGCCGUCAAUUUGAUUGUAUAUGAGAUCUGAAGGCAGAAUAUUCUCAGACAAAAUAUUAACUGUUUUUUAAAAAGUUCACUCAUUUUUGUGGUCAACCAUCGGAAUGGGAAACAUCGAGACUGUGGGCCCGAACGAGGCGUUGAUAGUGUCUGGCGGCUGGUGUGGAGCGACUGAACGCAAGUUUGUGAUCGGCGGUUGGGCGUGGACGUGGUGGAUGGUGACCGAUGUUCAACGCCUGUCCCUACAGAUCAUGACAUUGAAGCCCAGGUGCGAGAGCGUCGAGACGGCACAGGGAGUGCCUCUCAGUGUCACCGGUAUAGCCCAGUGUAAGAUUAUGCACGAGAAGGACUUUCUGACCAUCGCUGCCGAACAGUUCCUCGGCAUGAGUGUCCGGCAAAUUCAUCACGUGCUCAAUGAAACGCUCGAGGGUCAUCUACGCUCUAUUCUCGGCACGUUGACAGUAGAAGCCAUAUAUCGAGAUCGGGACCAAUUCGCGGCACUGGUGCGAGAGGUGGCCAAUCCAGACGUGGGCCGAAUGGGUAUUGAAAUCGUGAGUUUUACGAUACAAGACGUGUACGAUUCGGUGGAGUACUUGUCCUCUUUGGGCAAAACCCGAACGGCGGAAGUGAAAAGAGACGCCCAGACGGGGGUGGCGUUGGCCGAGAGGGACGCCGGCAUACGGGAGGCUCACUGUAAUCGGGAGUCAAUGGAAACCAAAUACAGUGCCGACACUAAGAUAGAGGACGCGCACAGACUCUUCUCGCUAGAAAAGGCCAAAUAUGAUGGAGAGGUCAACACAAAGAAAGCUGAGGCACAGUUGGCUUAUGAGCUUCAGUGCGCAAAACUGCAACAAUUGAUACGAAAUGAAGAGAUGGAGAUAGAAGUGGUCGAAAGGAGGAAAGAGAUCGACAUUCAGGAAAAGGAGAUCUUAAGGAAGGAGAAGGAACUCAUGUCUAAAGUGAAACUCCCGGCGGAAGCCGAGGCCUAUCGGGUGGAGAUGAUUGCCGGCGGCGAGCGAACCAAAACCGUGGCCGUCGCUCAGGCCGGCGCUCAACGUAUCAAAUUGAUUGGCGCAGCCCAGGCUUACGGCAUCGAAGCGGUGGGAAAGGCAGAGGCGGAACGGAUGCGGAUGAAAGCGGCGGCAUAUAAACAAUACGAAGACGCGGCUAUUCUGGCCCUCACUCUGGAAGCACUGCCGAAGAUCGCGGCCGAAGUGGCGGCUCCGUUGGCCAAAACUGAUAGCAUUGUCCUCAUUGGCAACGAUAGCGGAGGGGCGACCGACGCUCUCGUGUCACUCGUGUCACAACUCCCGCCCACUAUUCAGGCGCUGACCGGAAUUAAUGUGACCGGACUUCUGGGCAAAAUACCCGGCGCUGUAACACAAAUCUANUAUAAACAAUACGAAGACGCGGCUAUUCUGGCCCUCACUCUGGAAGCACUGCCGAAGAUCGCGGCCGAAGUGGCGGCUCCGUUGGCCAAAACUGAUAGCAUUGUCCUCAUUGGCAACGAUAGCGGAGGGGCGACCGACGCUCUCGUGUCACUCGUGUCACAACUCCCGCCCACUAUUCAGGCGCUGACCGGAAUUAAUGUGACCGGACUUCUGGGCAAAAUACCUGGCGCUGUAACACAAAGCUAA